AUGUUGCGUUCAUCCGUUUCCAGAGUUGCUCGUGUUACUCCUAUCAGAUUUGCCCAAACACAAGCUCUAUCCAAGGCAUCUAUUGUGGACUUGCCAAACAGAUGGGAAGAUCUACCAGCAGCCGAACAACAAGACAUUGUUUCUAAGUUGGCAGAACGUCAAAAGCUUCCAUGGACCGAGUUGAGCGAUGUUGAGAAGCAAGCUGCUUGGUACAUUUCCUACGGUGCGUGGGGUCCAAGAAGACCAGUUCACGGUAAGGGUGAUGCUGCUUACAUUGCCAAGGGUGUUGCUGCUGGUUUGGUUAUUUCUUUGGCCAUUUUCGCUGGUAUCAGACAACUAUCUGGUGAGCCACCAAAGACCAUGACCAAGGAAUGGCAACUAAAGUCUGACGAGUACUUGAAGUCCAAGAACGCCAACCCAUGGGGUGGUUACUCUCAAGUCCAAUCCAAAUAA